GAAAGAGCAUUUGGUUCAAGACAAACUGUUUUCUUCCCAAAGACCGUCAUUGUUAAGUUUGGCUUUUUUUUUACUUCACUUCAAGAGAAAAAAAAAUCAGAAGUUAACAUGGUGCUGUACCACACGGAGUUUGAAAAAGCUGGUAAAAAACAGGGUCUGCAGAUAUGGAGAAUUGAGAAAAUGGAGUUAGUACCUGUACCAGAAAAUCUCUAUGGUAAUUUUUAUGUUGGUGAUGCUUACUUAAUCCUGCGGACUGCAAAGAAAAAUGACAGCGUCUUUUAUGACUUACACUACUGGUUAGGCAAAGAAUGUAGCCAGGAUGAAAGUACAGCGGCUGCAAUAUUUACAGUUCAGAUGGAUGAUUAUUUGGGUGGAAAACCAGUACAAUACAGGGAACUCCAAGGAUAUGAAUCAACUGCUUUUGUGAGCUACUUUAAAGGUGGCUUGAAGUACCAGGCUGGCGGUGUUUCAUCUGGAUUCCAACAUGUUGUAACAAAUGACCUUUCUGCACAGAGAAUUCUUCAUAUCAAGGGCAGGAGGGUAGUAAGGGCAACAGAAGUUCCAUUCAGCUGGCACAGCUUCAACAGUGGCGACUGUUUCAUAAUUGAUCUUGGAGCAGAAGUUUUUCAGUGGUGUGGCUCCAAGUGCAACAAGUAUGAGCGGCUUAAAGCUAAUCAGGUUGCUAUUGGCAUUCGAGACAAUGAAAGAAAUGGCCGAGCCCAGCUGAUUAUUGUGGAAGAAGGAUUAGAACCUUAUAGUUUAAUAAAGGUCAUAGGCAAGAAACCUGAUCUACCAGACGGGGAUGACAAUGAUGAUGAAGUUGCUGAUAUCUCCAACAGAAAAAUGGCCAAACUAUACAUGGUAUCUGAUGCUAGUGGAUCAAUGCAAGUAACAGUAGUUGCACAGGAAAAUCCAUUCUCACAAGCUAUGCUACUGUCUGAAGAAUGUUUUAUUCUUGAUUAUGGAGCAGACAAAAAGAUCUUUGUAUGGAAAGGCAAAAAUGCAAAUCCUGAUGAAAGAAAGGCAGCUAUGAAAGUAGCUGAAGGAUUUAUCUUGCAAAUGGGAUACCCUGCUAAUACACAGAUACAAGUGUUUCCUGAGGACGGUGAGACUCCAAUCUUCAAGCAAUUCUUCAAGGAUUGGAAAGAUAAGGACCAAAGUGAGGGAUUUGGAAAAGUGUAUGUGACAGAAAAUAUAGCUAAAAUAGCACAGAUUGAAUUUGAUGCAUCCAAGCUGCACGAGUCUCCACAGAUGGCAGCAAGACAUAAUAUGGUAGAUGACGGCUCAGGAGACAUUGAGAUAUGGCGUGUUGAAAGCAAUGGUCGGGUACCAAUUGAUCGAAAGACAUAUGGACAAUUCUUUGGAGGAGACUGUUACAUCAUUCUGUAUACCUACAAAAAAGGACAGAUCAUAUACACCUGGCAAGGUGCAAAAGCUACAAGAGAUGAACUUACAACAUCAGCAUUCCUGACAGUCCAACUGGAUCGUGCUUUGGGAGGCCAAGCUGUUCAGGUCCGGGUUGCACAAGGCAAAGAGCCAGCUCACUUGCUCAGUAUAUUUAAAGAUAAGCCACUUGUUAUUUACAAGGAUGGGACUUCCAGGAAAGGCGGACAGGCCCCUGUAUCUGAUACACGACUGUUUCAGGUCCGAAGAAAUCUGGCAACCAUUACACGGAUUGUAGAGGUGGAUGUAGAUGCAAAAUCCUUGAACUCCAAUGAUGUGUUUGUUCUUCAGCUGCCGAAAAAGAAGAGUUAUACCUGGGUAGGCAAAGGAGCCAGCCAAGAAGAAGAGAAGGGAGCCAAAUAUCUGACUGAUCUGUUGAAUAUACACACUAUCAGCAUGCCAGAAGGAGAAGAAAUAGAUAACUUCUGGGAUGUCCUUGGAGGUAAACAAGAAUACCAAACUUCAGCAUUAUUGGAAAGCAGCUCUGAGGAUCAUCCACCAAGGUUAUUUGGUUGCUCUAAUAAGACAGGUCACUUCAUUGUUGAAGAAGUGCCUGGAGAAUUCACUCAGGACGAUUUAGCUGAGGAUGAUGUCAUGCUGCUGGACGUUUGGGAUCAGGUGUUUGUUUGGGUUGGUAUUGAAGCUAAUGAAACAGAGAAGACAGAAUCUGUGAAAUCAGCAAAACGUUACAUUGAAACUGAUCCUGCUGGAAGAGAUAAACGAACUCCAGUUAUCAUUGUUAAACAGGGCUUUGAGCCUCCAACAUUCACAGGCUGGUUUCUAGGUUGGGAUCCAAAGAAGUGGUCUAUGGACUACAUACAGAAAGCAAUGUCAUCUCUCUGAUAGCAGCACAGAAAACAUUGAAACAGUCAUAUCAAUGAUUUUGUACGUCUGUUGUGGUGAAAUUAUGAAGAUGCCAAAAAAAGGAUUUCCCUGUUGCCUGCUUUUGUACUAUAUUUCUGCAAGAUAUAUAUCUGAUCUGUCGAUAAUUCAAGUAUUAUGAUAUUAAUAUAUUGUGCACACGUUUACAGCAAAUGAAAAAAAUAUGUUACUUAUAAAAUACAUUGUUACUGACAACCUGACUUUUAUAUCAAAAUGCUUACCCAAAUGUUUUCAUAUAUUCUAACAUAAAGUAUAAUAUCUGGACAAAUGUGUGAUGUGCUUACUUAAUAAUUUAACGUAGUUUCCUACUGUAUGCUUUAACAUGACUGAUGUUUCUUCGCCUACAGUCAGUCAUCUGAUACUGACACCACCAACACAAUGCAUGAUAAUGAAUAAACUCAACAGCUCCACAGAACUUUUUGCUUCCACUAACAACAGCCUCAAAAUGUGUGAGAUAAUUUACAACAAAUGUGAUCACUGUGCAUUACAGCUGAUAAAUGUGGAAAAAAAGAAGUUAUGUCUUACCAUAACGUUCCAUCUGUGUUGUUGAUCUUCGUUCAUUCAUUACUGAUGGGUUAUCGGUUCCGUCCUC